AAAAUUAAAAAUCUCACACCGCUUAUUCAGUACUCAAUUCGAAAGUCCUUUCUACCUUUUCACUUUCCGAGAAAAAUUCCCAAUGGCUCCCAAAGCUGAGAAGAAGCCCGCCGAGAAGAAGCCGGCAGAGGAGAAGAAAUCAACGGUGGCCGAGAAGGCUCCGGCGGAGAAGAAGCCGAAGGCAGGGAAGAAGCUGCCAAAGGAAGGCGGAGCCGGCGCCGGAGACAAGAAGAAGAAGCGCACGAAGAAGAGCGUGGAGACUUACAAGAUCUACAUCUUCAAGGUGUUGAAGCAAGUUCACCCAGACAUCGGGAUCUCCAGCAAGGCCAUGGGGAUCAUGAACAGCUUCAUCAACGACAUCUUCGAGAAGCUCGCUCAGGAGGCCUCGCGAUUGGCUCGCUACAACAAGAAGCCAACCAUCACCUCUCGGGAGAUCCAGACCGCGGUCCGUUUGGUCUUGCCUGGUGAGCUCGCUAAGCACGCCGUCUCUGAGGGGACCAAGGCGGUGACUAAGUUUACUAGCGCUUGAAAGUGAAGGAAAUUUCAAUAUGUGACUAGGGUUAGGGUUAGGGUUUCGUAGUUGAAUGAAUUUUUUUUUUUUUUUUUAAUAUGUGGUUUUUGUAAUUGAACAAUAUGGAUUUCUCGAUCCAAAUUAUGUCUAUGGUAAAAAUGAAUUCGGAUAGCUUUUUCUUAA